UUUCUGUUCAUUUAGACUCAAAAUUACUGUUCACCCUCCUCCCAUUGGUGCGUCCUCUGCGAUUGGGACCAGCCGCCUUUGCUGAUUGGUUGGCUUCCUGCGUCUGGGUCCUGCCGUUGUUGCUGUGUGUGCCGCGUUGCCCUCAGCUGCACGCUCAUUUUCCCUUCGCUCUCUCUUUCCUGCUUUUCUUUCUCUGCUUUUCUCAACUAUUCCCUCUGAAACCUUCUGCUAAUUAUUACACCUGUCAAUCUGUACGUUUCGCUUUGCUUUUUUCUCUUAUCUUGCCAUGGAUACUGCUGCACUAUUCUUCGGGUCCCGAGGGGUUUCUCAAAUAUUGUGAUCCUUCAUAGAGAAGUUAAGGGUUUUCCCCGCCACACAAACAAUAAGUAGAGAGGAGAGAGAGUCAGAGGUAAAUUAGAAAUCCCUUUCUUUCCAUCUUAGUUACUCUCUCCUUUCUUUCUCCUCUCUCUCUUCAAUCUCUCAAAAAUGGCUGCCUCCACCAUCGCCACCUCCUCUAUUGCCUCCUUUACCUCCACGGCUGCCGUCGCCACCGUCCCCUUCAUCGCCACCUCCGCCUUCGCCAUCCCCACCACCUCAAAUAUCGCCGUUGCCACCUCCUCCAUCUCCGCUUCCACCGCCUUCAUCGCCUUCACUAUCUGAUCUCGUCACGGGAGCCGGCGGCGCCGAGAUCCUCUCCGACGGAUCCGGUGGUAGUCGACUGAUCCCUCUCGCUCCUCUUCCCACUUGUACGCGAAACGAUACUGUUGGGAGAAGAAACCCCCAUUUCCUCCUCGCAAUCGGCCGUUGCGACGGCCGGUAGCCGGUUCACGUCGAACCCCCGGAAGAACGAGGAGAAAUUUCACGUUGUUUUAGGUGGUGGUGGUCUUCUCGGCAUCUCCUUAUUUUUUCCCAUUCCAGUAAAUUUGUUCCAGUUGAUGCAAUUGCCUUUCCCCUUUCUCUCUCUCACACUCACUUUUUCCCCUAUCUUUCUCUCUCACUUUUCUAUCGGCGAUGGUUUCUCACAUCCAGUUUAGGAGAUGGCGAUCUCGAAACGAUCAGGUUGUAGAUUUGAGAGGACGAGAAAGAGGAUUUAAAGAAUGCCCUGGUGCACAGAUGGGAUUUUGCAAGAUGAAGUAAACGGUUGGGCGUUGAUUGAUCUGCUGUUCUUAAGGAUGGUGUGGGUAACACCAGGGGUUUGGAGUUCCAAAAAGAGUCGCUGGAAUUUUGGGCGAGAUGAUCAUCUGAUAGAUUAUCUUUGUCCCUACUGGGCUGCUUUGGUCUGGUAUUGUUUGAUUUUAUUCAAAUACUACAGACUCUUCGAGGAAGGGAAGUACCCGAGCUCUGCAUCAGAUUUUAUUCGUUUUAGCUGCGAGACUACCUUUGGAGUAGAUGCAGGUGUCGAGUUUACUUUCAUUGAGGCGGAUUGGAGGUCGAAGUUAAGCAGAAAGGUAGCAAUAGCAGGGGACCGGCUGGUUAGUAUGCACGAACUACUGCUGGGGUUGUCAAUGGAUUUGAGGUGCACAGAGGGUUCGGAGGAACCCAAAUCUGCAGAUCUAUGUUUAAGGUUUAAGGUGAUCUUUGCGUUGGUCGCAGGGUAUCUUUGA